UCUCUCGAGGGUUCACUAGUGUCUAGGCAGUGGAAGUGAGCGUGUAGGUUGAUGCCUCGCUGCACCGCGCUCUUUGGUGUGUAGUAUUCCACGACUCGAAACGAAGCUGUGUAUUCAAGUGGAGUGUUGGUGAUGCCUGGCGUGUACCGCGCGAGAUGAGGCGAGCCGGGGGGCGUGUGCGAGGGGCGGAGGGCGGUGGCGGGCAGGAAUAGUGGAGGAAUCUGUCUCUCCCGCAGCCGAGAGGUGGGAGGGAGGGAGGAGCGCCGCGGGGUGAGGCAAGUGUACCUCCACCUGUGCACCUCACCUGUGUGUGCGUCGCCGCCCAUCCCUGCGUGCCGGAGAGGGACUGUCGGGGCAGGGUGAGGCAUUCGUUGACGGAGGACGGUGAAGACACACACCGUCCAUAAAGUGACACUUCGUUGACGGCAAAAGUGAAGCAGGAAAAGAAAGUGUCAACAUUCUGUAUGCAGAGAGAAAAAUGAGCGGCAUCUGUCAAGCGUGAAUCUGUCAUUCGUUUAUCUGAGUGCCUGUCACCUUGUCUGUCUUUCUGUCUGUUUGUGCGUGCGUGUUUAUGUUGUGAGUGCAUCUUACUCGGUAACAACCGAACAGCCGUCACCUGUGCGUCUGACCUGCGGAACAUCCAUUCAUCGACCUCCCGAAGCCCGUGAGUAGUUGUGUGUGUCUUCACGAAUUCACACACCCGCCCUCGAAACCCCGUCACCGCCCCCGGCAGCAGUGAGCGAGGCAGUACCUCACUUCCACCACGUGCACACCAGUGCCCAUUUGCUGCGUUUAAAGGCGAGUCGGAGGCCGUACCGUGUUGGGGCGUCCCUUGCUGCACGAUGUCAGGCCUGAAGGGAGCCGAGUGCCGCAAGUUCCAGGCUAACAUCUUCAACAAGAGCAAGUGUACCAACUGUUUCAAGCAGCGGGAAGAACAUUCUCCAGAGGCACUUGAGUCCAACAGGGCGAGCAGGAAGGUGUCAAAAUGCGGCUACCUGUUCGUGGCCCCCGACUGGGACUUCACCAUCCCGCUCAACAGGACCAAGCGUUGGCAGCGGCGAUGGUUUGUGCUGUACGACGACGGAGAGCUGACCUACUCCCUAGACGACCACCCGGCCACCAUCCCCCAGGGCGUGGUGGACAUGAACCGCGUGUUGGAGGUGAGCUGCGCCGAGGAGGUGACGGGCAACCAGUUCUCGCUGGCCAUCACCGCGCCGGACCGCGUCACCUUCAUCAAGGCCACGUGCAAAGAGGAGGCCAAGUGGUGGAUGGACGUGCUCUCCGUGUUUCCCUGUACCCUUAAGCAGCAGGGCCGCCACAAGAGGAAUGCCACCUUCCCCGGCAUUAAGACUACCACUGCCAAGCAGACCAGACACACUGCUGCCACCAUGGCACCCACAGCCUUUGAGACGGCAGCAGGCCAGAGAGUUCGCUUCCACAGCUGCACCACCGACCCGAUGAUAGAGUCCCGCCCUCAGUCUGCCCCUGCCCCCACCCUAGAGGCUGAGGAGGAUGUGUUCCCUACCAAAGACUCCUCCCCCCCAGCCUCCUCCACUUUGCAGCCUUCCACCCACUCAUCAACCAACACCUCAAGAUGCUUUUCAACUCCAAUCUCUACCUCCACCCCAUUGUCCUCCCUUCCUCCCUCCUCCACACCAUUUUCCUCCCUGCCUCCAUCCUCUGCCCGGCUGCUUAGGGAAGAACAAAAGGAGAACACGCCAUAUAUUGGAGAUUACACUGAUAAUCCACCCACCUCAGAGUCCCCGCCCACACAAGACAAGAUGAGCCACAAGCUGCGGGCACGACGGGCACCACGCCGCACAGAGGGACGUGGGGUGGGCCUCACUCAGCCCAGGACAGGUGAGGUGUCAAGGAGGCAGCUGAUCUCUGAUCUGGAAGAGACCAAACGUGAAGAGAAGCUGAAGGACAUAGCAGACUCCCUCACUCGGCCCCGUGGCUCUGCCCUCUCCUAUGUCUCCUCAAAGCCUGGCGCAGGGGAUGUGAAGCCAACAAGAGAGAGUGAUGCAGCGGAGGAACUGGAUCCACCUCCCAACUCAGCCAACUCCCAGUCCCCAGACACCACAUCUCCCUCCCACCCAGAUCAUGUGCGGGGUGAUCCUGAUGGCUGUGGGCUGGAGCUGUCACCACCUUACCCUGCCAGUCCUGACCUGCAGCGGGUGGACCUCCCUGCUGAGGAUCUGCUGUACAUCAAGAAGGGGUGGCUCAUGAAGCAGUCCCUCAGCCAGGAGUGGAUCAAGUACUGGUUUGUGCUGCGAGGGACAGCACUCAUGUUCUACCGUGACCCCGGGGCAGAGGACAGUGGAAUCCUGGCGGGUAUCAUUGACCUUAGCUUAGCCAAGAGUGUGGAGGAGAGUGAGGUCGCUCGGAACUAUGGUUUUACUAUUGCGACAUGGGAGGAGAAAAAGUACAUCUUCUCAGCUGUGACCUCGGGGAUCCGAGCCAACUGGGUGCAGGCGCUGAGGAAUGCUGCCAACCUCAAGGAGCAGAAGGACCGCCCACUUACUCUUGGGGAGAAGAUUGAGCGUGAGAUUGUGGCUAAGAAAGAGAAGACCAACUCCCAAGGCAGGUCCACAUUUGAGAGUAUGGCAGCAGAGAGGGAACGAGAUACCAAAUUCCACACAGAAUCUCGUGCCUCCUCUAACAACAGCCACUUUGCCUUCUCCUCUGAUGAAGAAGGAGAUGAGGAAGAUGAUGACGAAGAUGAUGAUGAUGAUGAUGAGGAGGAGGACUACCGCACAGCCUCUGAGACCUCCAUCCGUCUUCAGCAGGCGUCUGAGGACAUCUGUGACUGGGGCAACUCUCGGUCAGACAGCACCAAGCAGUCCAGGUCGUCUCCCCUCACCUCACGACGCAGUGCCAAGGAGGACUACCUCACCAGCAAACUUGCGGCCACCUCCACCACCACCACCACAACCACCACUACCACCACUGCCACCAACAGCUCCAGCAGUAGUGGCAGUGGAGGAAGGGAUGUAUGUUGUUCAGAAACUGGCUCACUUCACUCCAUCUCUGACUUGGAUGACAGAUUGCAGCCAGAGAAGGACGGCCCUGCUGGCACCUCCACCACCACGCUCCCGGCCUCUGGAGACGCCUUGCUAGUGGACCUGCUGGAGACACAGGUGGAGAGUCUCAAGGCCAAACUGGAGCAGACUCAGACCGACUACUUGGAGCUGCACAAGGAACAUGUGGCCCUCAAGACCAAACUUCGGGUAGGAGGGGGCAGAAGUGUGGUUGUGGGAGAGGGGGGUGAUGGAGGUGGAGGGGAAGGAGGAGGAGGAGGAGGGGCAGGAGGUGUAGUGAACACAUCCUCCUCCCCUCUUCCAUCUAACUCAGUCACUGGGGCCCACCACCAUCACCUCCACCACAGUCGCCCCCACCCUCACCACCACUACCACUACCAUCUCGCCACUACCUCCCCACCUGACUCAGACCCGUCCCAACAGCCACUGUCAGGCCGGUCAAGAGCAAAGCUGGAGAUGGACCUGGCUGAGGCACGGCAGAGCAUUGCCUCCCUCAAAGCCGAGCUGAACCGUCUGCGCAAGAGACUGGAGAUGUGUGAAGGCGACUUGGACCGCUCUGAGCGUGAGGCAGAUCAGCUAAGACGCGACAAAGAUGAUGUGGUUCAGGACCGCAAUGCCUUGCAGCGGCGGGCAAACAACCUAGAAAUACAGGUGAAGGAGCUCCUGGACCGAGUGGAGGAGCAGGAGCAUGACCUCUCAGAAAAGGCGGCAGCAACCAACCAGCUCAACGAACUCAGGAAAAAAUAUGGGGAGCUGCUGGAUCACUUCUCAGCCCAGCAGGCAGAGAUGUUAGCUGGCCUGGACUGGAAGCAGCAGUACAGCCUCUUGGAGAAGAAGAGUCUCAAGGAGAGAGACGAGUGGGAGGAAAAACUCAGCAAACAGGAGAAGAAGUUCAUGGAAUUGUCUGCUAGCCAAGAGACUCGGCACCAGGAGGCGGUGCGGCGACUCAACAGAUCCCUUCAGGAGGCAGAGAAGAAAAUCCAAGGUCUUGCAUCUGAGCUAGAGGAGGAACGUACUGCUGCCUCCACACCAAAGAAACUCUCCAGCACCACUUCAGAUACAGAUGUCCGGCAGCAGAAUCAACAACUCUCAAUACAGCUGGAGCACCUCACCACUGAGCUCUCCAGGAUGAGGGACACCCUCAAGUCUGAGAAGUCUGAGGUGUACAAGUGGAAGGAUCUGGUGAAAGAACUCCGUUCUCUCCUUGAUGGAAAGAAUGAUGAGAUUGAGAGAAAAAGAGAGGAGCUGGAUGAGAUGCGAGAGAAUCUAAAGACCACUCAGAGGGAACUGGAACACACCACUGAUCGCCUCCACCGUGGCAUUGAGGAGAACGAGAAUCUCUGUACCAAAGUGAGGGAGCUGGAGAGGACCCUACGGCAGGAUAAGGAGCGAAGAGCUUCCUCAAAUCUCUCCAUCUCCAGCAGUCGAGAGCGAUUCACUUCCAAGAAAGCUUUACCACGGAUAGACUCCCUCAGUGACCUCACCAAUGUUGACCUGUCCUCUGAUCCUGAGGAGAUGAGCAAGGAACAGCUGGUGGAACACUGUGGGGAGGUGCGAGUGAGACUGGAGCGAGCAAUAGGAGAGAUCCGAGCCCUCAAGCGGCAGGUGCGAGAAGGCCAGGAGCAACAAGACCAACUGGAACUGUCAAACCUGCAGUUGCGGCAAGAUAUGAAGGGCAGCAAGGGAGACUUCAACUCUCAGCUCAAUCUCAUGACUUGCAGGAUACAGGACCUCACCAACAAGCUCACCAAUUCUGAGAAGCAGGUGAGGGUGCUGCGCCAGAAGAUGAGCAGAGCCGAAAGCCGUGACCGCCGCCGAACACAGUCACUCAAGGGGAGGGAAUCCUUCACUCUCUCCCGAGACAUGGAGGCCAAGUUAGGGCAGCUGGAGGCCAAGUUGGAGCAGUUGCUGAGACCUCAAGACCAGUGUGCUCUCCCUGAGGUGGAUGAAGAGAAAGGAAAGACUGAAGAAAAGGUUGGUGGGGAGGCAGGGAAGAUGGCCAGGCGGUCCCGUAGUUUUGAGGAAUCCACCAAGUCCUCUCGCCUCCGCCGGAAGUCCCUGGACAGUCCUGGAAGCUCUGAUGCCAUGAAGGCCAUUGUGAGGCUUAAUGCCUUAGAGGCCAAGGUGUCAGAGCUGACUAGUGAUGCACCUGUGCCAGCCAGUGGUGGUGACAAUGGCAUCCCAUCACUGAGUGAGACUGCUCCUGCUGGCACCUCCAAACCCUCCUCCACCCGAGCCAGGUCACCCCCUCACUCUGCCACCUCCCCUCUCAGAAGUGUCCCUCAUGCCAGAUCCCCCAUCAGGUCCCCCUCUGUAUCCCGCAAGACACUUCGUUCACCCAGAGCCACUCCGGAAAAGACUACUAAAGUCAGUCGGUCAGACUCAGAGAUCAGACAUCUAAGGGAGAGGCUGGGUGCUUUGGAUAAGGUCAUCACUACUCUCCAGACACAGCUGGGUGAGUGUGUGUCCUGGGCUGGUGCAGUGGAGUGUGUCUGCUCAUGUGGAGCACCUGGCUUGUCUUCCCUGCAGCAGAGAUUGGGUGCAGCCCUACAUCUGGCACAGCUGCGGCACAGCUCAGUGGACCAGAGUCAGGUGGCUCGUGUAAAGCCACUUGCCCUCAAGCUGCAGGACAUGCUCAGGGACAAACUGGCUGAAUUUGCUGGUCGCCGGGAUCACCUCAAGAAUGAGGGUAAGUGGACAAGGGAUGUGCAGGUGAAGAUGUUUGCUGAGCGGCUGGCAUAUGAAACACUGGUGUUGAGCCAGUUAGCCCAAGUGAUGCAGGCCUCCCAGCGCCCAAGUAUGUAUGAGGCAUCAGCUAAGUUGCAGGAGCUGGUUGAAGCACAUCGUAAGCUCUCUUUCCUGGAAAAGAAGCUCACCAAUCCAGAUUUUGACAUGGAUACCCUCUCACCACUUGAUUUCUACACUAGUCUUUUGGCUGAGAAACUGGUGGUGCAGGGGGAGGUGGUCAAUCCCUCAUCCCGCCGUGCAUCUUCCUCACCUCCUCCUGUCCUCGGAGAAACCUGUCGUGACUUACAGGCACGGCUGCUGGAGAGAGAAAGGAAUCUGGCUGGCUUGCUGACACGCUAUAAAGAAGAGAAGCUACACCAGAUAGCUGUGGUCAUGGCCAGGGAAACUAUCACAGGCACUGGACCAGGCCAGGAUGACACAGUACUGGUUGAAGAAGUCAGGAUGCGGCAAGUGUGGACAUUGGCCCAAGAGCUGGUUAGUCAAGAGUUGGCCAACACUGAAGCUGGCCAGUCUCUGCUGCGACUGUCCCACCUGCUGUCUCCUGAUGGUCCUCCUCCUACAGGUGCAGUUCCUUGGCCCACAGCUGCUUCCUUGGAGCACUGUCACCGAGCUGCAGAGGAAUCCUUGAGGCAGGAGAUGGAAGAAGCUGUCUUCACCCUCAGUAAUAAAUAUGAGGCUGUUUUGGCACGGCACAGGGCGGGAGACACUGAUGUCCUUCAGUCAGUUUCAACAACCAUGGAUGCCUUGCUGGCUGAGUUUGCAGCAGUUACAGCUCAGAAGGCUGUGAUUGAUGGGCAGCUGGCAGUGGUGCAAGGAGAAGGUGGAGAGGCAGCACCGGAGGCCUUGGCAAUAGUGGAAGAAGUGAAGGACACAGUGGGUUCAGCCAGUGAUGUGGUGGCCAGUGAAGCACACCUACUUAUGUUCCUGGGAGGGCGAGACUCUUCCCUGGAAAGCCUGGUCCAGCCAGCCCUUGACCAAGCAGAAUUCACCUUCAUGUACAACAAGGCCACCAUGCAGGGUGCUGCUGAGGUGGCCAAGCUGCUCCAAGAGGUAGCCAAUGCUCAGGCUAGUCUAGAUGUCAAAGAUACAUCCUCCUUAUCCACAUCCUCAAUUGCUUCCACCUCUACCACCACCACCACCACCACCACCUCUUCCAGCACUACCCUCACUGCAUCAAAAGAUGGGUCAGGGGAGUCCUCAGCUGUGCUCAGUAUGGGUGCAGGCUCCUCUGCAGCCAAGACACCUUCAUCCCCCAAGGCGAGGAGGAAGAGUGAGGGCCGCCGGUCAUCACGACGCUCAUCAGACAUCACUGGGAUGGCUGAGGGAUGCCGCCAGUGUGAGGAGCUCAGGCAGGAGGUGGCCAAGCUGAAGCGUAGUAUGGACCUGCGACGCGCCAGGGAGCGGGAGGUGGAGUGCAAGCAGUGCCUCACCCACCUGGCCAACAUCAAGGCCCUGGAAGAAGAGCAUCAAGCUGCUGUGGCAGCUUUGAAGGCCCAGCACCAGCAAGAGCUGGCUCGUGUGGGGAUGCUGGGGGAGUCCUCAGGAGGCCCUGUUUCCACCACUGACGGAGAGUUGACAGAGCUGCAGCGACGUCUCAGCCUGCUGGAGGAGGGAUAUGAGGCACAGAUCACUGCCCUCAAGCACCAAUAUGAGGAGGCGCUGGGCAGCCAACCGGACCUUUGUGAGGAAAAAGUCCGUCAGCGAUACCAGCUGGAGAUAGAGCAUUUGAGGGGUCUGUGUGAGAAAGGUCUUGGUGCCAUGGAGAAUUCCCACAAGAGGAUGUUGAUGGAGAUGGAAGAGAAGCACUGCCGGGAGUUAGCCGCCCUUCAGGCUGAGAAGGAGCAAGCCUUGGCAGAGGAGACUCAGGCCACCCUCGCCGCUCUGGAUGCCAUGAGGAAGGCCCAUGAGUCUGAGGUCCAGCGGGAGAUUGCAAAAUUCAAGGAGGAAUUUAUUCGCAAGAUGCAGUCCAGCCAUGACCUCACUGCCAUUCACAAGGAGCAUGAGGCUGAGAUGGAGGACAUCCGCCGGGAAAUUCUUUCUCUCUCUCAGAAGUACUCAGUGAAGUGCCUUGAGUCAGCCUCCCUUGAAGAAAAGUUGGAUGCCCUCACACGCCAGUUAGCUGAUGUCAACAAGCAACUCUUUGACCUGCAAGCAAGGAACAAGCAGCUCAAGACUCACCUCUCAGCUCAAGUGUCUCAGCUACAGGCUGAAGGAAAGCGGGAUGCAGAGAGCCAGUUGAAGUUAUGUGAGGCAGAGUUGGGUCUUAUGAAGGAGGAGGUGGCCAGACUUACACAGCAGCUCCACCAGACACAGACACACGAGAGUGAUCUGGGGGAGCUGUGCCGCCAACUGGGCCAAUUCUUAAAGGCCGAGCGACAGCUGAGGACAGAUGAGGUGGCAUCACUUAGGGACAAACUGGAGGCCAUUCUUGUCACCGCUGCUGCAAUGCAAGAACAAUGGAGGACGGGGGAGUCGGGGGGCCCAGAGGAGGGAGGGAAACAGUCCCCCACUCGAGGAGCACCCACUCCGCCUCUCAACCGCUCCAGCAAGGAGUUGAUAAGAUCUCCAAGCUGUCCUCGAUUAUCUGGAGUUUCGUCUUUUUUAUCGGGUGGCCCCUGGCAGGGGCGGACAGGGCCACCGACACCCCCUGCCCCAACCCCAGACCUACCUUCUCCCCUGGCGGGGAUGGUGGCCACUCGCAAGAAAGUAUUCGAGACACGGCACGCUCUCAUGGAGCCACUGUAGAAGACUUCUUGGGAGACAUUGCUGAGGAAGAGACAUCAGGAUGCAUGGCAGGAAAGGAGACGGUGCCACUGCUUUCCCGUCGCAACAGUGUGGCACGCUGCUCAGGGGUGAUGGAAGACAUAAGGGGAAAAGGUGGAAUGAACAGACUGAGGGUACCAAGGAACCGUGCUGCCACAGAUAAUGAAUUUGCUUCAUUGAUGGAGAGAAUUCAGGAGGAAUGUAUCCCAGCUUUAUCUUCAAAAACUCCCUCCAGGAAGUCUUUGCCAGCAGGAGCCCUGAAGUCUUAUAUGAGAGGCACACUUUCUUCAGCCAGGAGGAGUCAGGGGAGCUCUGUUCCCCUGAGUUCACAAGAUGAGUCUGGAAAACCUGAGGGAAGGGUCAAGAGAGGUUCUCAGGGGUCAAAUAAACAGCCUUCUCUUCAAAGAAAGAAAAUUGUCCCAGUAAAACCUAGCAUUCCCCCAGUGUUACUUAAGGCCAGAGGAACAGAUGGAACCAUCUCAAAAGCUGAGGCUCAAGCCCCCACAAAGGAUGCUGACAAGGAAACCCAGGAGAAGCAACAAUUUGAGAAAUCAGCAAACACCAUUGGUGGUAUAUUAGGAAGGGAGGGAAGUCUAGGGGAAAAAACAUUGAAUCACUGUGGAAAUCAGUGUAAGGGAUGUCAGCUGGUAGAUUUGUGGUUCACAUUCUGGCAUUUGCAGUUCAAUGAAACAAUGAACACUUCUUCUGUCCCUUUCGCUCUAUCCUGUCAGCAUACAGCAGAGUCAAGCAAAAGCACUGUGAACCGAUGAAUGUCUGGUAUAACAGUGUGACAAGGAGUCUCAACCACCCAUUUUAACACAGGUAUUAGUUGAAAACUUGUAAAUAAUGUAAACUUGUAUAUUUACAGAAUAGUGUUUGUUUUUACCUGUAGAAUAUUAACACACCUUCCCACCUGAAAACCCAGGAACUCUAAAUAUUAUUACUUUAAGGUCAUCUUGUUGUGAAGGUCAUGAGAUUAUAGAUAACCAAAUAUCCCAGCCCACAUAUAUUUUGCUGAAUUAAUUGCUACAUAACUGUAGCAGACACACUGUGAAUUUUUUUUCUUUGACAUUAACAUUUUUAUUUCUAAAUGUUAGCAAGAAAUUCACCUUAUUAAUGGAACUUUGUUCCUCUCAAAAGUUUGCCCAGCAUUUUUGAGAGGAGCGACAUCUCUCCACUAUUUAUUGUCCUAUUUAUUUGGUUCAUUUACGAACCAUUAGUAAUUUUUUAGUCUUUUAACACGUAUAACCUUGUUAGUGAUUUUGAUGCCGUGCCUUUUUUUUGUUUUCUUUUUUUGUUGACUAAAGUGGUGGAGACUUUCUUUUAAUAUAUUGUAAUUAUCAUUAAUUUAUUUUAUUAUAUCAUUGUUAUUAUUAAUAUUAUUAUUGAGACGUGCUUCACUUACACCAGUAACCUGCCCUUGUACAGCCACCAGUAAUUUUAUCAAAGGUUUAUCAAAGUCUCUAUAUAUUUUAAAUAAAUAAUACAAUAAAUAA